CCCUCUUGCUUUCCUCUUCUUUUGGGGAGGGAGGGUUCGCUAGCUUUGCCAGCCACUGCCGCGUUUUUUGCGCUCCUCAGAUCUCUUCCUCUUCCCUUUAAGCGCUCCUCUAGAGUCUCCCUCGGGUCGUCUUGUCGCAGAAGAGAGAGAGGGAGAAUGGGAGAAGCGAAGCCCAAAUCCGGAGUCUGGCAGGGCGUGAAGCCGUUCGUGAAUGGAGGGAUGUCGGGGAUGCUGGCCACCUGCGUCAUUCAACCGAUCGAUAUGAUCAAGGUCAGAAUCCAAUUGGGUCAAGGAUCAGGGCUUCAUGUUGCGAAGACUAUGCUGCGAGAAGAGGGUAUGGGUGCUUUCUACAAGGGGUUGUCAGCAGGAUUACUGAGACAAGCUACUUACACCACAGCGCGGCUUGGCUCUUUCAGGGUUUUGACAAACAAAGCUGUUGCAGCUAAUGACGGGAAGCCCCUUCCACUUUAUCAAAAAGCUCUUUGUGGGCUUACAGCUGGAGCAAUUGGUGCAUGUGUUGGCAGUCCAGCUGAUUUGGCACUUAUCCGCAUGCAAGCUGAUGCUACCUUGCCAGUUGCUCAACGCCGAAACUACACAAAUGCUUUUCAUGCUCUGUACCGUAUUGUUAGUGAUGAAGGUGUUCUGGCCCUCUGGAAAGGAGCAGGUCCCACUGUUGUGAGGGCCAUGGCUUUGAAUAUGGGCAUGCUUGCCUCUUAUGAUCAGAGUGUUGAAUUUUUCAGGGAUAACCUUGGGUUCUCAGAAGUUAGCACUGUGAUUGGGGCAAGUGCUGUUUCUGGGUUUUUUGCAUCUGCUUGCAGUCUGCCUUUUGACUAUGUGAAAACCCAAAUACAGAAAAUGCAGCCUGAUGCUACUGGGAAGUAUCCAUAUACUGGUUCUUUUGAUUGUGCAAUGAAAACUUUAAAGUCUGGAGGACCUUUCAAGUUUUACACUGGAUUUCCUGUUUACUGUGUUCGAAUUGCACCACAUGUGAUGAUGACGUGGAUAUUCUUGAACCAAAUCCAGAAAUUCGAGAAGACUAUUGGGUUGUAAGGGUGCCCGUAUCAAUGUUUGUAUUUCACAAAUUCUUGUUCCUCCAAUUGAGGGGCGUCUUCAGUUUUAUGGAAGUCUGUUUUGUUUUUGUUGUUAUUAACUGUGCCCAGAUUUUCUCUUCUCUGGGGCACUGAACUUCGUCGGAGUGCGCAACUGGUUAACCAGAUCUCUAUUAGCACUCGGUAAACCAUAUUUAUUCAGUAGUCUGCAAUAGCACUGAGAAGAGAUUUUGAAUAAGUUUUCAAGAAUGAAGAGCGGCACUGUGAUUUAGGCUGUUGGUUUUUCA